AUGUCAAGGGCUAGGGCAAAUUUCCGAGCAGUCACGGUUGAUCUGGAAACACGCGAGUCGCUGGCUAGGAUUGUUGCGUCUCUUCGAAACUCUGGCACCAUAUUGAGUGCCAUUGAUCAAAGAAUUGACACCAUAUUGAGAGAACUUGGGACUGUCACGGCUUCAACAGAACCAGCAAGUUUCCGAGCGGCCGGUGGGGUUGAUUCAGUUCUGCGAGGGCUGAGAGAGGUGAUGGUGGAGGAGGAAGAUGGGCAUGUUUGUGGGGUGUGUUUGGAUGAGAUGAAGCGUGGUGAUGAGGCAAUAGCUAUGGGUUGCAUGCAUAAGUUUCAUGGUUAUUGCAUUGUGAAGUGGCUGAAACGUAAGACUAUAUGUCCUCUAUGCAGGGCUAGGGCAAAUUUCCGAGCAGUCUCGGUUGAUCUGGAAACACGCGAGUCGCUGGCUAGGAUUGUUGCGUCUCUUCGAAACUCUGGCACCAUAUUGAGUGCCAUUGAUCAAAGAAUUGACACCAUAUUGAGAGAACUUGGGACUGUCACGGCUUCAACAGAACCAGCAAGUUUCCGAGCGGCCGGUGGGGUUGAUUCAGUUCUGCGAGGGCUGAGAGAGGUGAUGGUGGAGGAGGAAGAUGGGCAUGUUUGUGGGGUGUGUUUGGAUGAGAUGAAGCGUGGUGAUGAGGCAAUAGCUAUGGGUUGCAUGCAUAAGUUUCAUGGUUAUUGCAUUGUGAAGUGGCUGAAACGUAAGACUAUAUGUCCUCUAUGCAGGUAUAAGAACGACUAA